AUGGCCUCGAAGCCGCAGCUGGAGCUGGAGCAGCGGCAGCAGCAGGCGCCGGAAGACGCGCCGCCGCGCGCCGACCCCGUCCGGGGCCUCGUCGGCGAUGAGCUCCUCGACAACGACGACGACGCCGUGCCGGAAACGACGCGGCGCGAAGUCUGGGCCUGGUACGCCUACUACGUGGGCGCCAACGGCCUCGCGCUCUUCAAUUACGGCCCGACGGCGUUCCAGAGCCUCCUUCAGCAAGCCGCCGACGCCGACACCAACACGUCGUCGCCUGGCCUCCUCCCCUUCGCCGGCCGCGAGCGCGACGUCAACUCCAUCCUGCUCAUCGCCAACGGCGUCUCCUUUGCGUCGCAGGCGGCCCUCUUCCUGCUCAUCGGCGCGUAUGCCGACUUCGGCCCGUCGCCCGUGCGCCGCGCCAUCCUGCUCGCAUGGUCGCUCGUCGGCUGGGCCGUGGGCUUCGCGUGGCUCGCCGUGCGCGACCCGAGUCAGUGGCGCGCCGCGACUGGGCUCUACAUUCUUGGGCUCAUCGCGUACCAGCUGACGCUCACGUACUGGACGGCUGCGUUCCCGGAGCUCGCGCGCAAUGCGCCGGGCAUGCGUGAGGCGAGGAGGGAGGCCGCGCAAACGGGGCUCGUCGAGGGAUUGUUGCGCCGGGACGAGCUGGAGCGCAGUCGCCUCAGCAAUGUUGCCUUCUGGGCGCAAUCCGUCGGCGAGCUGGGCAUCCUUGCCAUCAUCGUCGGCAUCUUGUUUGGGCUGGGCUACUCCAACUCUGCAGACGUCGGCCCCGCCGCCAACAGCCGCGGGUUGAGCAUUGUUAUUGCCUUCACGGCUGGCUGCUGGCUUGUCCUCUCCGCGGGCUGGUUCCUGCUCGAGAAGCGCCGACCGGGUCGUGCCAUCCCCGCGGGACGCGGGCCUCUGACCGUCGGGCUGUGGCAGCUCCGCGAGGCCGCGGUGCUGAUAUGGCGGCUGCGACAGAGUCUCAUCUUCCUCGCCGGCUACUUUUUGCUCGGCGACAGUCUCAACACUACCGUCACUGUCAUCGCGACGCUGCAGAACCAAAUUGUCAGCUACAGCACCCUCACGCUCACGUACCUGCUCAUCGUCGGCAUCGCCGCCCAGGCCGCGGGCAUCGGCGCCUUCUGGCUGAUCCAGCGCCGCUUUCGCCUCGGCCCCAAGGCCAUGUUCUGCGCCGUCAUGGUCGGCAUCGUGCUUCUUGACGCGUGGGGUAUGGUCGGCAACUGGACCGACCGCUUCGGCUUCCGCAACCCCUGGGAGGUGUGGGCGUACCAGGCCUUCUACGGCCUCUUCGUCUGUCCCUGGUACAGCUACUCGCAGAUCAUGAUCAGCUCCGUCACGCCGCCGGGCCACGAGUUCCUCUUCUUCUCCGUCUUCAACGUCAUCGGCAAGGCCUCGAGCUUCAUCGGGCCGCUCAUCAGCAGCGCCAUCAUCGACGCCUCACCGGGCGGCAACAACAACAGCGCUCCCUUUUACUUCCUCUUCGCGCUCAGCCUGGUCAGCGCCGUGGCUAUCUGGAUCUUUGUCGACCUGGACAAGAGCGCCAAGGAGCAGGCCGACUUUCUGGCCCAGGAGAAGAAGCGCCUUGCCGUUAGCAGCGACGACGAUGAGGCAUCCGGUGUCAAGCUGGGGGAGCCUGAUGCCGUGCGGUAG